AUGGAUGAGGAACUUCAAGCUCUUUGCAUGGCCAAGCAGGAGCUGCAGAAGGCACAGCAGAGGCUUCUGGUGGCUAUCGAUGAGAAGAUGAAAGAGAACGCCAUGGUCAGCAAUCAGCUUUUGCUUCUUGAGCUCCAUCUCAGCCUGUUGAGCAAACAAUCUUGA